GUUGGCUCGUCUCUCUCUCCUCGCCGAGGACGGAGGAGGAGCGAUAGAGAGAAGGAAGGCGGGCGGGAGGCCCCGGCGCGACGGAGAAGGGAGAGGAGACGACGCCCGGUCCUCCGUGUUUCCUUGGAUGCGGCAACAACAGUUGAAUAUCUGAUAUGGAUGAAGCCAUGGGAAGGCGAACAGCCAGUGGCCUUCUUGUCACCAAAGGAGGCUCAAUUCUUCUCUUCAGGGAGGAAAGCCCGCGCCACAAGGCCAGUGUUUGUUGUACACGGCUUGGAUGCAGCAGUAAGCUUUUCCCAAACAAAGACAUGAAGAUGCACAAGACAUCGAAGGAAACAUCAGGUCCUCAGAGAUCACAAGUUUUGAGGAAAUCUAACAGGAUGUCCCCUCAAGGAAGUAUUUCUUAUGAUGGAAGCACCGGCAGGGAUGCAGCAAGUACUUUUGGUGAGGCUGACAAUAAACCAAGAAGAAGAGAAAAUGCCGGACGUGAUCUACUGGCCCGGUUGAAAGAAAGGGUCAAUGCAUCAAGAAAGCGCUCAUUGAGUGGAGGGAGUAGUCCCUGCCUAUCACCAUCAAACACAUCCAACUCUGGUUCCUUAAGUAGCCGAUCGAUUUCAAGAUCCAUAUGUCGGCCAGCUUCAAGAAUGAGAAAGGAUGGAGGAAGAGUUGCAGAAGCUGUCAGGAUGCAUAGAGCCAGAGACAGUAGUGGAAGUACUAGGGAAGAUGUGCGAAGAAACUCCAACCAAGAUCCGUCAGGCAGGUGUCUUUCUCGAAGCUUGUUCAGACACAGGACUGGAAUUCAGAGAGGUCCAGUAUCUUCAUUGGAGGACAGUUUGGAUGAUUCCAAUGAAUACUGGCGCUUUGAUAUGGAUGAAAGUGAAGAGGUUGAAGAUUACUAUGUCUUUAACGAUCGGCAUAGGGGAAUGAGAAUGGACAUUGAUGACAUGUCUUAUGAGGAAUUACUUGCUCUUGGGGAGAGAAUCGGUACUGUAAGCACUGGCCUUUCAGAUGGUGCACUUUCUGAGUGUUUGAAGAGAAGCAUCUAUGUGCCCACAACUUCGACAAGCCAUGAAGAUGGUGACCUCAAAUGCAUCAUAUGUCAGGAGGAGUAUUUUUCUGGUGUGGAGGUGGCCAAGAUGGCAUGCGAGCACUACUACCAUGUCACUUGCAUCCAACAGUGGCUUGGGCAAAAGAACUGGUGCCCGAUCUGUAAAUCCGUCGCUUCUGCUGUCAGCUCGUAGAGUUCUUACAGAAACAAAGAAACCUAUAGAUUCAUUAUAUUUACAUAGGACUACGUUGUAUCUUUCUGUUUCUAGAAUGAAUUAUUCCUUUCAAUCCCAAGCUGUCCAUCUCGUUCAAUUCAUACUCAGCCAAAGCAAGCUAAAUGUAGCAGGAAAAUAAGUCCAAGCAGAAAGGGUUUUUCUCAGUUUUGAUAUUGAAGAACUGAAGUCUGUUAAAGCCUGUCUUUCUCUAUCUUUUUAUAGAAACACCAAGAAUUCUUCAC